AUGGAGGGCAUAGGUGUAGAGCGAACUCCUCCGGGAGGGUCUCCACCGCCAGCGAGCGUGACGACGUCGGCCUCAGCGCUGACGCCCCCGCGCCCGCCGGUCCACAAUAAUAUGCGCGACACCAUUAGGUCUCUGCGCAACAAUCUGAGCGACCUUGCUGUCGGCGUGCAGUGCAUUAUCGAAGGCCCCUACGAGACCGAGGCAUACUCCGACGAGUUCGAGAACUGCGCUGUCGCGCUCUCUACCUGCCUUCGCGACUUCCACAACGCUCUCAUGCGUGACCCCCUCAUCAUCGACACCGAGGCUGCCGUCCUUCUCGACGACGAUGCACUCAUGGACGAGGCUCCGCGCACCCGCCUGCGCACGGAAGGCGCCCUCCCUGUCGGCAUCGACAUGCAGGCUGCCCUGACUAAGGCUGUCGAGGACGGCGUUCGCAUGGCCACGUCAGCCAUCAACACGCGGCUGCCCCGAGGGACUGCGACCCCAACCGCCAGUCCGUACUGGUCGUCAACGUGCCCCGCCGCCAACUCCAGUGCUGCUGCCCCUGCAGCACAGCCUACAACGCAGCCUGAGACGCAGGCCCCGAAUGCCCCAACCAUGGCACAGGUGGCCGCCAAGAACCGCGAGAAGUGCUACGUCCUUCUCAUUACCCCCGAGCAGCAUGCCGCCAUCGAGGCAGGGGGUACCAUGCCCCAAUGGUAUGCUAAGGUCCAUACACGCCUGCGCGAGACCCCCGCAUGGGCCAAGGUACGUUUUCUCGGUCUCCGCUUCGCUGGACCAACCAAGGUCCAAGCAGUUUUCUCGCACGAAUCCCCUGACUCGCUCAUAUGCGAGUGUCUCCGGCCCAUACGGCACAUGUUGGGAGUCAUCCCGCAUGCUGCCUCCCCUGCGCCAGACCCGCAUGAGCGUGCAUCCGCACCACAGGACUUCUGCCCUCUCGUUCCUGUUACGAAACUGUUCAUCCCGAGCUGCCCGCUGCGUCAUCCCGACAUGGGAUUGUUACUCACUGAGGAGGAAAUCAUGGCGGAACUAUGCCGUAAUGCUAUGUUUUCGUCUGUUCACUUCAACGGUCUACCCGGUUUCGUUGUGCCUAAGGAACAUCGCGAGCAGCUCAGGAAGUCCUCGAUUAUCGUCUCCAUUGAGGAUGCCCAUCACGACUACUGUGCGCGUAACCUCCUUGGACGUGACAACUGCGGUGAUGCUGCCGCUUUCCUUUGGUUCUUUGGCUCCCGCAUCACUGUAAAGAAGUCGAAAGAUCAUCCCGUUUUCCGUCAGUGCACUCGUUGCUGGCGCCUCACGCAUCUCGAAAGUCACUGCAAGAAGCGGGCGCCUGUGUGCCGCUUCUGUGGAAAGACUGACCACACGUCCGAUGUGCAUCGGCAGGCAUGCCUUGUCUGCAAUCAUGAGGCUCACCCGGCUGACCAGCCUUGCGAGUCUGACCACUAUUUCUGUGUGGUCUGUGGCAUCAACAGUCACAGUGCCGCCGACACCACCUGCCCUGCGUGGAAAGAUUACCGCAUUCCCAUCUCACGCACCAACCCCUCAUUAUGA